AUGGAAGAUCCUGAUCCAGAACCCUACCCACAAAGCGAUGACGAGGAUGGGCGCCAGCGGGUCCUGAAGGAGCUGCGAAGGCGGUUGUACCUUCAUCAGCAGUUGCCAUCAGCUUCCAGCAUUGACGCCAUGCUGGAUGGGGCACUUCACAUCAAGCCUAUCGAGCAAAAGAAGGAAGGCGGCCGUGGAGAGCUUUCAGUCUUGGUUGGAGGGCUGUGGCACAAGGUCUUCCCCAAGUUCUUCUGUUGCAUUUUAUGGGACGAGGGCCACAGCAUCGAACGAAAGGUCUGUGUCUAUGGCAAGAGCGCGAGACAGGGAGGAGUGCACUGCAGGGCAUUUCUGACCUGCCCCCGCAAGUGCAAACACCGCGCCCAUUGCCGCGAAGCCCAUUUGCUCAGUUUGGCCAGGGAGUUCCUUCAAACCACCUACAGCCUGCCGGCUGAGACUUCCCUGCCGAAGCCCGUGGGUCUCCAAGUGCUGGCAGAUGAGAUGCCAGAGGUGAAUGCACCGGUCCACAGAUGGCAGAUGGACCAACAUGUGGAGGCAGAGAACCAUGCUGCGGCCAGUGAUGAGAUCCAGGGCGCCUAG